CUGAGGUCUUUUAAGGUCGUUAUUUGCGCAGUCAGUGAAACUGAUGUUGCUCAUGGAUGGUCCUUGUUUUUUCCACAGAUUUUUCCGACACCUGGAAGAGUCGCUGCGUGUCGAUCUGACGCGGUGGACAUGGAGGAAGACGAAGUCUCCAGCGCCAGCGGCAGCGGCGAUGAAGUCUCCAGCGCCGAGUCCACUAAGGCUGAGGCUUUGGAGCCAAAUGAGGUCAUUGAGGCUGAGAUCGAGGCCAUGCAGCAGAAGGACAUGGCCUUUCUGGAAAGAAUGGCCAAGUUUCAGAGGUGGAGUGUCCAGUACCUGAAAGACCUGGAUCGGGCCCUACUGAACAGCACCAUCGACCUGGUGAGCACUUUGGGCACUUCAGCCCCCAUGCUCGUGGAUGGUGACGCGCUCUGUCGAGAAGUGGGUUGGGAUCUCUACUGUGAUUGGAACUAUGGAGGGCAGCUGCUGCAGUGCAUCUACUCCGCCGAGAAGAUUUUGGCCGGACUGGUCGUGCGAGGUGUGAAACUUCAUUUGUUUUUCUUCGCUGAUCAUAUGCACUGCCUGCCACAGCGACAGCGUUUGCUCUGGCUGUUGGUGUCCGAGCACUUCCGGAGGGCUGGUCAUGCGGCAGUUCAGCACCAUUUUUUCGAGGGAUCGUGGCGCAGCAAAGGUCGAGGUGCCUUGUUGCAGCUCUUUGAGGAUACAGAUCCUUCUUGUGUCUUAACAGACUUUGGUCGUGGUAUGCCGAACCUCGGGGUUGAAGACAUUCAAAUGGAUGCAUCUUAUGUAUUUCAUUCAGUGCGAUCUGGUGCCUUUGUUCAUUGGCUCCGUUGCAACGACAUGAACGUGGUCGAUUUCGAGGGCCUCAAGACCGACGGGCCUCGGAUUUCGUGCCAGCUGCUUGAACUUCGAUCUCCCCAGGAACCGCCAGUUCCGGCAUUCGUCGGCCGCCUCCCGUGGCCAAAAGAGAAAACUGAAGUGAUCGUGGCUGAAGAACGUCCCGAGGUCGGAGUAGCCACUUCACUGAGGCUGACCGUUGGCCUUGUGGCACUCAGGAAUCUUUCACCGUCUGACCAAGAAGGCUCGGUGAUGGGUUUAUGCGGGGUGUUUUGUAUAUGUCUUGCAUGCAUGGAAACAACCCCAUUGGCCUCACGGGGAAUCUCCGAAAAAAUGGAGCCACUUCCACCAGAGCUGAAGAUGCAAGUCUUCGUCAACAAGCUGCAGAAUUGCCUGCUGCAGUCGUUGCUCACUGCCCAAGCGGCGCGGCCCAGAGAAUUCGACGUCACACUGGCAGACAUUUUCGAUGGUCGACUUUUACACUUUCUGACCUUGAAGACCCUGGCCAGCAAGGCCUCGCCAACUGCCUUUCCUGCCUGGGAGCUGGCAGACUCCCUAUGGCGUCAGAUCGUGCCCAACCUGCCGAGCCUCGCAGAGAUGCUGCAGGGCUUGGCGCGUUGCGUCGGGCGAGACGGGCAGACUGAGGACGUUGUGAGCCAGACUGAGGGUGUUGCGAAGGGGCACAAAAGUCACCAAAGUGAGGAGGGCUCGAGCUCGCUGAAGCAGGAUCUCCCAUGGUUGGCGAGCAUUGGGAUGAAAGGUGAGCAUUUCUUGGAGAUUCCAAGGCCCUAUCAGGCCCAUCAUUACCACAGCUGCAUGCCACUGGAUGCCAGCGAGCCAGAUGCCUUCCUACUGGCCAAAGACCUGUCUUCCAUCAGAAAGCUUCGCAUUUGCAAUCAAUCACAGCUAAUGGAGGUCCUUAAGGUUCUUAAGCCGGAUGGCACUGUGCAGUUGGCCCGCGGGGCCAAGAAAAGCGAUGCGAUCCGCUUCCUCUACAACGGCUUUCAGCUUCAAGAGUUCACGGACCCAACGCGCGCGGAUGUGCCUGUGCAAGGUAAAGAUGACCUCAAGCACCAGCUUGGAAGCGUGUGCAGCUUCCCUGUGGUGCUUGGCUUUAGCAUAACUGUGUCCUCGAGAUCUGUUGCAAAAAGGCAAGGAAGGGAAGCCAUGAAGAACCAGAAGCUGCGUGAGUCCUUGCUGCAAGGCAGCCCUGCUCCUCACCAGACGAUCGUCGAACCGCUGUCACCUUUGCACGUGAAGGAAUUGAAGCUUGCGGCCCUCGCACGGCUUUCGAAGCAGAACAUCAAAGCAGACGAAGUCGGGGAAGACAAGGGCUCCAAAGGCUCCAAAAGCCCGAAGACGAAGACCGCUGUGCAGCGAUCCGCAGAUCGUGCGAAGCAACAAGCCAUGGCAUUUCAACAGAAGAAGUUGUUUAAGCAAAACCUGGAGCAGGUGAAGGGUAUGAAGGAGCAAUUGAAGACUUUCGCGAGCGAAAAGAAAGCCAAGGACGUUGAGAAGCUAUUAAAGCUCUUGCAUGCUUGGUCGGCUGCAGGAGAUAAAGAAGCAUGCACUGAAGCGGCCAAGAUUUGCCUCAAAGCUUGCCCAGAGUUGGAUGAGACUUUGCCACUAGAGCCAUCUCAACGGAAAAGGAGUUUUAACGCGCUGCAAGAGAUUCUUCGAGCAUGUGGGCCUGAUGUCGUGGAAGAAGUCAAGGAGAAGCUGGUGAAGAUGGCUCAAAAACACUUGAAGAUGCCGGUUCUCGCUGCAGUCCUGGGCAAUUCAAAGGAGAGUCGGGUGAACGACCGCAAGCAUGACAAGGGCAUCGCCAUGAGCUCAUGCCCUUUUCGUUUCCAGCUGAGCACAUCUCCAGACACUUUGGCCCGACCAAUCGGUUCGAUCGAUUCUCGUGUGCAAGGCUUCAAACCCGACGAGUGGCAAGGGAAACUGCUGGACGUGGUCGAUGCUGGGGAAUCAGCGCUGGUACAAGCACCUACAGGGUCCGGAAAAACGUUCAUUGCCUUCUAUGUCAUGGAGAAAGUCCUGAGAUUAAAUGAUGAUGGAGUGGUGGUGUAUGUUUGCCCCACGAAAGCAUUGGCAAAUCAAGUCUAUGCAGAGAUUGAAGCCCGCUUCAGCAAGGCUUACAAGGAUGGGCGGCCCUUCUGCGGGAUCUUCACUCGUGACAAGCGAAGUGCACGGCUUUUGGAGUGCCAGGUCCUUGUGACAGUUCCGCAGUGCCUGGUCAUUUUCUUGUUGUCGCCCGCUUUGAAGUCACAUGAGUGGGUGGAGAGAUUGUACUAUGCCAUCAUCGAUGAGGUGCACUGCCUCGGAAGUGAAGCUGGAGAUGUUUGGGAACAGAUUUUGUCGCUCUUGGACUGUCCACUCCUGGCCUUGUCAGCGACUUUGGGGCAGGCAGAUGCCUUUAUCUCCUGGCUACGACAUUUGGAAUCUGAACGUGGUCGUGAGUUGCACUUGGUGAAACAUGAGAGCCGCUUCAACGAUUUGGAGAGUUGGGUCUUUGAUGGGAAGAGCUUGCAUCAUCUUCAUCCCUUCUUUGCCCUUCGACGUCCUGGCUUCAUCGCGAAAGUGCGACCCACGGCCCUUCGUUUGAUCCCGGAAGAUGCUUUGCAACUCUACGACGCCCUUAGCCAGCGCAGUGAGCACUUAGAGGACCUAGCGCCAGAGAGCUAUUUUUCAUCUUUGCCCACUGGAAGCUGGAAUCUGAGCAUGCCUGAGGCCCAAGUCUGGGCAGCAUCAGUUGCCGAGCGUUUUGAUCAUGCCGAGCGUUCAACGCAGGCUGAAGUGGUCCAACAGCUCACAGGGAGAGCACAUAGUGCGUUGCAAGAGGUUGACGCAGACUUGACGGAUGAAGGUGAAAAAGCGUAUUUGGGGAACCGCUUUUAUACCUUGGUUGAAGAGUUGAGGGCUGCAGACAUGUUGCCGGCUAUUUGUUUUCACAGUACCCGGGAGGGCUGCGAAUAUUUGGCUUUGGCCCUCGGCAAGCAAUUGGAGAAGUGGGAAAAAGAGAAGCGCAAAGCAGAUGGCAUCAACGAAAAAGUUCAAAUGCUCCAAAAGCAGCUUGCUGAACUCGAGAAGCGCCUCGCCAGAGUUUUGCGGCUUAUGGACGCUGGCGAAGAACUCACAGCGCACAAUGUUCUGCCGCAUGAGGAUGCAGCACUGAAGGAGUCCGAACAUUUAGGUGAGACACUUCGGUUGCUCCAGCAGAUUAGCCGAGAAUUUACCAUGACGCCCGCUGGACAGACACUGCUUACAGUUUCGCAGUUGGAAGAUGAAUUUGACAAGUUUAGCCCUUUCAUGGAAGAGAUUCCACUGCACCGUUUGCUCUUGCGUGGUAUUGGCGUGCAUCAUGCUGGUUUGCCAGCUGCUUACCGGCAGGCCGUGGAACGGCUCUUUCGAAUGCAACGGCUUGGCAUUGUCGUGUCCACCUCCACUCUGGCUUUGGGUAUCAACAUGCCUUCCAAGACGUCAGUUUUUGCAGGCUCGUCCAUCCACUUGACCUCCAUGCAGUUCCAGCAGGAAGCCGGGCGAGCAGGACGUCGUGGCUUUGAUCUUCGGGGCCACACGGUCUUCUUUGGGCUGCCAGCCAAAAAGGUUCAGAGUUUGCUCAUCGGAGAGCUUCCGGUGAUGCAGGGCAACAACACCCUCACAGCCUCUUUAGCCUUGCGUUUGGCCAUCAAAGCACAAACCAUUAAGACGGCUUCCAACCAAGUGGCACGGAGUGUGAGUCGGCUCUUGCGGCCGUUGUUUUGCCCAUCGGAGAGCAUUCAACAGCAAAGAGCCAAUAUGUUUGGCUUCUUCAUGCAGCAACUCUUCCGUGACGGCCUCUUGGAUUCUGGAGGACAAGCUACAGACUUUGCGGGCUUUGUGGCCCAUGUCUGGUGGCAGGAGCCCGGGAACUUUGCCUUGGUGACCCUUCUGCAUGAGGGUGGCUUGCUGAAGGAACUCUGUGAGGGCCCAAGAGAGGACUUAGUGGCUGUCCUUUGCCACUUCUUCAGUCGGCGGCCUCUGGAAGGGUGGCUGGCUCGUCGACAGGAGAGGCUGAAAAAGAGGUCCAAAACUUCCAUGGUGGUCUUGCCACCACUGCCUGCCAAGCUUCAAUCCGUAUUGCGAUGUCACUCUCAAGAAAUGCUUCACGCUGCUGUUGUGCAUCUUCAGGUCAUGGUUCAGAAAUUGCACCCGUCUGAUGAUACUCUCCCUCUUACCAAACAACGCCCAUGCCCCUCUGGCGCUGCCAGCGCAUCAUCGCCUGCCUUGCGUUCUCCCUUUGCAGCCUUGUCUGGUCAUGGUGAUAGCUUCGCAAGCUUCACUGAGCUUUGUCAUACUGCACGGGAGGACCUAUUCUUGAGACCCGAGAUGUUUCCCUCCGUGGACGUGGAUGUGGAACAACCACUGAAUGCGUAUUUGCUGGACUUCUAUCGGCAUGGUCAAGGGCGCGCACUGGUGAGAGACAAUCAGAUUCCACAGACGGAGUACUGGAACAACCUCCAAGACUUCAUGUUCGUCCUCCGUGCAUUGGCCUCCGCUGCCAAGCACCGCCAUGGCCGUGCCGGAGCGGCGAGGGGUCUGGAGCUUGCCGAAGAUGUGGUCGUCUCCAGCCUUGGUGCCAUCAGCAGUGAGUUUGAAACUUCUUUCAGGGCGUGCAGGUAAUUCCUCACUCCUCAAACCACAGGAGCUGGGUGCUGC